AUGAAGGAUCCCACAAACAGUUUCAAGGGCUGUGAGAGAAAUGUGGAAAUUGCGGAUCUUGGAUCCGGCGCUGCCCAGUUCGUUUAUCUCUCUCAUACAGAUUUAUAUGGCAACGAUCUCAGCGGAUACGCGGAAGGGGUCAGUCUUGAAGAAUGUAGAAAGAGAUGCAUGAAUGAUAGUCAAUUUUCAGGUUUCGGCUACGUUUCAAAUGGUGGAAAACGCUACCCAAAAGGAAAACUUAUCAAUGGGUAUCGAUCUCCUGGUGUACCAAAUGACAUGUAUAUUAGGGUCUCCAUCAACGACUUCUCGCUUCUGAAUUCAACAAUUCCUAGCGAGGUCCCAACCAACAGCAGCAGUUCGGUGACACUUAUUUCAGAUAGUAGGAAUUACAGGAGAUCUAAGAAGAGUGUUAUUAAGUAUCCGUUGGGCUUCGCUAUUGUUAUUGGAGUGGUAGAAAUUGUUUGCAUCACGUUGGGCUGGUUGUAUAACCUCAGAGAGCGUAACAACGGCUUUGACUUUGAUCGUCAAGAGUAUUCCGCCAUCCCAAUGGGAUUCAAGAAGUUUAUCUUUGCACAGCUGAAGAAAGCCACGGAAAAUUUCACGAUAAAGCUGGGAGAGGGAGGUUUUGGAAGCGUCUACAAAGGGGUUUUGCCCGAUGAGAAGGUCAUGGCGGUGAAACGACUGGACCGAUUUUGGGCGGAGGUAAGCGAGGGGCAUCACAGGUUGCCUGUUUAUGAGAUCGUUGAGAACGGGUCGCUGGACAAGUAUCUGUUUACAGAAAGUGAAGCUUUGGGUUGGAAAGAAAAGUUUGCGAUUGUAGUGGGCACGGCAAAGGGAUUGGCUUACCUCCAUGAAGAAUGCUUGGAGUGGAUUCUGCACUGCGAUGUGAAACCUCAGAAUAUACUUUUAGACGAGAAAUUUUGUCCCAAGGUAUCCGACUUUUGA